AUGGAUGUUUUCGAUUACUGUUUGGCUAACGGACUGAUAGCUUUGUCGAAAAUUGGCCAAUGCGGAGGAGUUAUGCAUAUACAAAAAUACACAGAGGCCAUUGAUGGCUUUGUAUACAGAUGUAUUGAGUGCCGAAGGAGGAAAUCGGUUCGAGGAACUUUUCUCUCAAGGUCUAAACUACCUUCGACGAAAAUUUUAAUGAUCUGUAACUUCUGGGUCCUGAAAAGAGCAUUCACAGCUACAGCUUAUGAAACAGAAAAUUCAGAGGUAUCAGCAGUGCAAUGGUACAACUACUGCAGAGAUGUUUCCUCCUGGAAAAUGAACACCUUGACUCAAGUUCUCGGAGGAGUCGGCAGCAUAGUCCAUAUUGAUGAGACUGUAUUUAUAAAAAGGAAAUACAACCGCGGGAGAUUACAAGCAAACCAGCAGUGGAUACUGGGUAUCUACGACACGACACUGCGCAAAGGGUAUAUAGAGGCGAUUCCUAAUCGCAGUGCAGCAGUAUUAGUGCCUAUUAAUAAGCGUUUGGUGUUGCCGGGGACGACUAUUCAUACAGAUGAAUGGAGCGAAUACCGUCAAUUAUCGAAUCAUGGCCAUGAUGAAUGUACCCGGGUACAUUCAUCAUGUUGUUAA